AUGGAGAGGGAAGCUCUUCUUCCAAUCCCUGCCUGUUGUAACCUGAGCCUUCAAAAUAGACGAAGAGACAGAGAGAACUCCAUGGCGAACGGUGGUCAUAAUAUUACAAAUGGCGUAGGUCCGACUUCCGGAGGACUUUCCAGAGAAGAAAGACGUCGUCGGCGUCGAGCUACUCAAAAAUACAGAACCGCCCACGCUACACGAGAAAGAGUCCGAGUGGAAGCUUUCAAUCUCGCAUUCUCCGAACUUCGAAAGCUGCUGCCAACUUUACCCCCGGAUAAGAAGCUGUCGAAAAUUGAAAUACUACGUUUGGCCAUUUGCUACAUAGCUUAUCUCAAUCACGUGUUGGAAGCGUAA